GUUGUAAUGCAGUGGUUCAGGGUUUCUAUAGUUAAAAUUUUUGGUUGUUGCACCGAAAAAGGGAAAAGUGUAUAUUAUAACAAUUGUAAAACCAUCGAUUAAUUAUAUGAGCUUAAAAACCUCUACGACGAAGUACUGACAAUAAGUUAUGACGUCGAAAAACAUUAAAUUCGAGAAGGAUCACUCCGCCCGAUGGAUCAGUUGAUAUCCAUUACCGAUCAUACCAUUCUUUUGAUAUGCUAGCAACAUAACGUUUCGCCCUACGAUUUUCACAUAAAAUUUAAAUGUCGGCGACAACUUCGUGCGUAUUAUGAAAAUUCGCGUGACGUCAUACCGAAUAGUAUCCAAUUAUUGAAUCAUUAACAAACAACAAAUGGAACGAUGUCUGACAGAAACAUGAGUUGCUUUUAACAAAGAGAAAUGAUUAAAACAGAAAUGCUCGAAUGGCAUUAUGUAAAGAAAAAGAAUUCUUCAAUUUUUCUAAACUGUAACACUGUUAACGAUGUAGUGCUCUUCAAAUAAGCCACCCUCAAAAGUUGCUAUGACUGUGAGAAGCACUUCAAGAUCUUUCCAUAAAUCUGUGUACGCGAUAUAAAAGGAAAUACUUUUGAGAUUGUUAUGCAUGGAUAUUUUGUUCGAUAGUCAUGGUUUUGACGCAAGACUUUAUGCAUUUAUAAGAUCUUUUGACUUUACGUUGUUAAGAUAUGUAAAAAGAUAGCACAGAAGAAUGCUUUAUUCGAACGAAAAGAAAAUUUCUAUAGCAUGACCAAAAAUGAUCGUAAUCGAGAAGAUCAUAGAGUUAUAUGAACAAAGAAAAUCAAGCUGUUAAAUGAAAAAAAUGAUGACAAAUCUUAUUUACAAUACCAAAUUCGUUAGAUUUUUUUUUACAAUGAUGCACAAUAUUUUUCAUAUUACUGAGUGAUAUUAAUCUAAUUGCUUAACUUUUGUUAAUGGCACAACUUAUAAUGAUAAAAAAUUAGUAUUAUGGAAACAAGAAAGAAGCUUGUUGCAAUUACUAAUUCAAUUAUUUUAUAUGUAUGUUGCUAAGGUUAAUGCAAUCUAUAUAAACCUUAAAGAUAAACAAAUAGAUUGAAUUUCCGUUAGAUAAAUUAAAUGUGAUACGAUAAGAACAUUUGUAGAAGCAGACGCAAUACGCUGAAUGUACUGCGAGAAAAAUUGACAAGAAAAUAGGUACAGAAAUAAAGCUUAAAAUUGAAAUUAACGCAUAAACAUAAUCAAAGAAGCACAGUAAUAAUAAAUCAUUCUUAACGACAAUUAGGUUGAUCAUUUGAAAAUGCAAAAUUGACAUGGUGUUAAGUCAAGGUUAUUCGUUACAGUAUUAUAUGGAUCUGAACAACUGAUAAAUGAAAAAUUGAUAGAAUCAUAAAUAUGGAAAGAAAUAUAUAUAGUAGCACUUCUUAGGGGUCAUGCCCCCUGGGGCAAAAGGCGGAGCAGAGGGCCUGGGCCCUUCCUGUUCUGAAAUUCACAACAGCCAAGAACAUGCUAUUGCUAAACUCACACCUCUUACAUUUACUCAGCAAUGCUACAGGCAUCUUAAGAGUUCUGGUGUGGGAGAGGCAAGUGUGUACCAUGCUCUGGUUGUAAUAUUUUUGGAAUUUUUUGCAUGGGGUUUAUUAACCAUGCCUGUUAUCUCUGUAUUGAAUAUCACAUUUCCAAAUCACACGUUCCUGAUGAAUGGCUUGAUAAUGGGCAUUAAAGGAAUCCUGUCGUUUCUUUCCGCGCCACUGAUUGGUGCUUUAUCCGAUGUGUGGGGUCGAAAGUUCUUUCUACUCAUCACUGUAGCCUUCACGUGUGCGCCGAUUCCUCUAAUGAGCAUUAACACAUGGUGGUUCUUUGCUAUGAUCUCCAUCAGUGGUGUCUUUGCUUGCACAUUUUCAGUGGUAUUUGCAUAUGUUGCGGAUGUUACGGAAGAACAUCAAAGAUCUCCAGCAUAUGGUAUGGUAUCAGCAACUUUUGCUGCGAGUAUGGUAGUAAGUCCAGCAUUAGGAGACCAUAUUAUGAAAGUGUAUGGUGAAAAUCUUGUGGUUGCAUUAGCAACUGCUAUUGCAGUGUUGGAUGUGUUUUUUAUAUUAGUGGCUGUACCUGAAAGUUUGCCUGAAAAAGCUCGCCCACCAGCACCUAUAUCUUGGGAGCAGGCAGAUCCUUUUGCUUAUCUUGGAAAGGUUGGCAAAGAUCACACAAUCUUAAUGUUGUGUAUUACCGUGUUCCUGAGCUAUCUUCCUGAAGCAGGACAAUAUAGUUGUAUAUUCGUCUAUUUGACUAAGGUUAUGGGAUUUACUGCUUUGAUGGUAGCAUUUUUUAUUGCUGUGGUGGGAGUCUUAAGCGUUGGAGCGCAAAUUGUCUUGGGUCUUUUAAUAAAGAUCCUUGGCAGUAAACAUACUAUAAUCUUAGGCCUCUUAUUUGAGAUGCUACAACUUAUGUGGUUUGGCUUCGGUUCCCAAACAUGGAUGAUGUGGGCUGCUGGAGUGCUUGCCUCUGUGUCAAGUAUUACAUAUCCUGCAAUUUCUGCAUUCAUAUCCAUGCAUUCUGAUGCUGAUAAGCAGGGUUUGGUACAAGGCAUGGUAACUGGAAUGCGUGGAUUAUGCAACGGUCUUGGGCCAGCAAUGUUUGGAGUAAUAUUUUAUUUGUUCCGCGUUGAUCUCAACGAUAAUUCUCCCCUUCCUGCAAAACCAUCUCCUUUAGAUGAAAAUAAUAAAACAGGAACUGCCACACAUCUUGAUAUUAUGCCACAGCUAGUAACACAGCUCGUCCCAGGACCACCAUUUGUGUUUGGUGCAUUACUUGUGAUAUGCGCAUUACUGGUAGCUGCAUUUAUACCCGAAUCAAACACAAUACCAACAGGACCGAUACAUCAUUCAUCCACCUCCCGGAGGCCCUCCGGUUUGUCUUUGGAUGUACACUAUGAGGCAGACAAACUGGGAAGCGGGAAAGGGAAAAUAGGACCGCUGUCACCUCUAGUCGACAAUUGCAACUCUGCUGCUCUAUAGCUAUUGUCAAAAUUAAGGCAAGACGACACAGCAAUGAAGAGGGACAUGUAUCCUUGCCCAGUGACGAAACUCUAUGUUUAAAGAAGCUGUCGUUACUAUCAAGUGCACCUACUUCACAAGGACUUUAAGGGGGUAGGCACGGCACGUGACCUCGCCGAUUCGGCAGGUCGGUAUUACAGCAGAUAUUCUAUGCACAGAAAUGGUAAUACCAUCAGAUACGCUGCCGCCUAAAGAAAUCAGAGGCAGCUGCUUGCUAUUGCCAUAUACCAUUCCGAACAGUGUGACCAAUCGACAAUAGUAACGGCGAACUUCCUUAGCGUCUAACAGAGUGGUGGGGAUAGCAGGUAUACAUAUACUACUAACCCAGCCCUCGAUUCUACGGCUGUAUUUCGUUCAUUUUUUCCUCGACUUUCGACGUUUAUAUUAAUAAAUGUGAACAGAAUCUCGUUCGAUUUUGACCAGAGCGCACUGCAUUGGACCUUCCUCUUUCGAAUGAGACCUCA